AUGAGAUUCUCAGCCUUUUUAAUCGUCGCAUCUGCGGCCAUUGUCGCCGCAGCUCCUAGUGUUGUCCAUCCCUUCUCUCAAGUGCGUGCCGCGCUUAACGAGACGGCCCCUAGCCCCGACCGUGAGGACGGCAAGGGAGAUCUACUUGCCCCUGGACGCGAAGAGGACGGCAAGGAUGGCCGCGAGGAUGGUGCAGAGGACCGCGAAGAUCGAAAGGAUGACCGUGAAGAGGGCCAGGAUGACAAGAAGGACGAUGGCCGCGAUGAAGACCGUGAGGACCGCAAGGAAGACGACAACAAGCGUGGCGGCCUUGCCUUUGGCCAAGUCGACCUGAACUAUCUGCUCCAGGUCAACGAGCUCAACCUAGUCAAGCUCAAGCAGCUCAGCGGCGAGAACAACUUCGACAUCACAGUCUUCGCCGACCUCUUCGCCUCCAAGGACUUCAGCCUCAAGCAGCUCCUGGAACUUCAGCAGCUCUCAACCGUGCUCAAGAUUGCCGAGACUGGCAUCUUUGACGAGUUUGAGCUGUCCAGGCUGGAGCUCGGUGGUCUCAACCUUGGGCUCAUUGAUGGCAUUGCAUCCAUUGAUCUCACAAAGUUCAUUGAUGCUGCGUUGAAGCCCAAGAUUACCAUCAUCGCCAAGAAGGUCACCAACGUUAUUGUUAUCUAA